UUUAUUUUUAUUUUUGUUUUUAUUUUUCUCCUCUCUUUUUUAUGUGGUUUUAAUCGAUUUUGUUGGUUUCGUUUUGACUCGGAGUGUUUGGGUUUGAUAUUUUAAUCGCGUUUGGAUCGAUCGAGCGAGCGAUCGAUGGGUUCGCUCGAAAGAGGGAUUUUUAUUUAUUUAUUUAUAUUUCUUUUUUAUAAUUUGAUUCGUGGUUUGUAAGGAGAGGUCGGUGUGCGAUUUAGGGUUCCGCUUCCCUCAUCGUUACUUUACUCUUCUUUUCGCCCCUUCGCAAAAUUGUUCCUUUCACUGUCUCUGCGGUGUUUGGGGAGAGCUCCUUGGGGCUCUUUUCGUGGAGGUGGCGUCGAUUUUUCACCUGGGUAUGCUCCAAAAUCCUCGAUUUGGGUCGAUUUGAGGAGGUUUUUGGGCGAUUUUUGGUGAUUUCGAUCGGUUUUCACGGUGGGUUUUUGGUAAAGUUCGGAUUUGGUGGCUCUGAUUUUGUUUGAGUAACAUUGAAGGGGAAUUAGAGAGGGUUUUUGUUUUUUUCAUUGAAUUAGUUGAGCUUGUGGGGGAUGUUUCCCUCUUUUAGGGUUUGAAGCUGAGAUGAUAGAUGUCGCCUUGGUUGAGUGGUUUGAUUGCUUCUGGGGUAUGAUGAAAUUGGGAUACUUGGGUUAAAGGGUUAUUUUCUUUAGUGUUAUGUGUAUGCAAUGGCUCGGCAAAAUUGUAGCCUUCUUGCGGUAUUAUGCGGCAAGUUUGCCGAUAAACAGAGAGGGGAGCCAAAGCUUCGAUCUUCAUAUCCGUUCCCGGAGCUUAUUUCGUCGGGGCGAUUAGAGGUUCAUGUACUUGUUAAUCCCAGUUUCGAAAAGUUUUCGGAAGCUCAGAGGUUAUUGCAGCCGAAUUUCUUGUAUUGUCAAGGCGAGCAGCUUGAGAAUGCAGAAGAAAUUGGCUCUCUUAUGUGGGGAAUAAUCGACGCUUCGGAUCCAGAGACAUUUAGCUCGCUGAUUAGCCCUCCAUUGCCCACCAUAGUUUAUUUGGAGGUUCCAAAUAGUGAAAAGAUGGCGCAAGCACUUCACUAUAAGGGAGUUCCGUACAUAAUAUACUGGAAGAAUGCUUUUACAGCUUAUGCAGCUUCUUAUUUUCGCCUAGCGUUGCUGUCAGUCGUUCAGAGUUCAUGUAGCCAUGCUUGGGAUACUUUUCAACUAGCACUUGCAUCUUUCCGGCUUUAUUGUCUACAGAGCAUCCAUGCUCUGCCAGAUAAUAGUCAAAAGUCUAGCAGUAAAAUUGGCCCUCGAUUACUAGGAGAUAUCCCAAAGAUUAAUAUAGCCCCCCCUGAGAAGGAUAUGGUUGAAGAAGAAGACUCAUCUGAAGCUUCUCCUGCUAUAAAAAUAUAUGAUGAGGAUGUGGACUUGAGAUUUCUUGUUUGUGGAGUGCCUUGCACAUUGGAUGCAAGUUUGUUGGGUCCAUUGGAAGAUGGGUUGAAUGCCCUUUUGAAUAUUGAAAUUCGCGGGUGUAAACUUCAGAAUCGUGUCAGUGCUGCACCACCUCCUCUUCAAGCUGGGUCAUUCACGCGUGGAGUGGUGACAAUGCGAUGUGAUAUCACUACAUGCAGUUCUGCGCAUAUUUCACUUCUAGUUUCUGGUAGCGCACAAACUUGUUUUGAUGAUCAGCUUUUGGAAUCCCAUAUCAAGAAUGAACUCAUUGAGAAGAGUCAGCUUGUCCGCACCCAAUCAAAUUUUGAAGAGAGCUUGCUAUCUUCGCUCAAGCCUUUGAAUUCUGCAUCCAUAGCUUGUGGGGCCUCUGUCUUCGAAGUCUGCUUGAAAGUCCCUGCAUGGGCUUCACAGGUUCUGAAGCAUCUCGCCCCAGAAGUCUCUUACCAUAGCUUGGUUACACUCGGUAUUGCAAGUAUCCAAGGUACUCCAGUCGCCUCUUUUGAGAGACAGGAUGCAGAUCGGCUUCUCUUCUUUUGUAAAAGGCAGCUGAAAGAUUCACAUAUCAAAGACAGUGCUACUUUUAGUCCACCAAGAUGGUCCUCCUCUCUUUCCAAGGAAAGAUCAAAGCCUGGUCUAGAAUCAAAACUGCUCCUGUCCUCGUCCUCUCUUUUGGGUGAGAAUGGAGCGGCAGGACCUUCUGUUCCCUUCUCAUCCAUGAAGCAAAGAUCAAAGGUUGCUGCAAUGAGGCCCAUCCCUCGCUCUCGAAAGCACAAAAUACUUCCUUUCUUCGGGAAGCCUGAAACUGAGGCAUAUGGUGGAAGUCAACCGAAACCUAACUUGGUUAUAGUUCCUGUUGCGAAGCAUAACCCAGUUCCUCCACCUCCACCAACAAAUAGAAAGUCAAGUCAAGGGGGAUUCCAGGCUCAGCAGAUAAUUCCAUUGAACCCACUUCCAAUGAAGAAACACGGAUGCAGCCGAUUACCGAUUCAAGUUUGUUCUGAGGAAGAGUUCUUGAAGGACGUAAUGCAGUUUCUAAUUCAAAGGGGGCAUAGCCGGCUUGUUCCUCAGGGAGGGUUAUCUGAGUUUCCUGAUGCCAUUCUUAAUGCAAAACGCCUCGACCUCCACAACUUGUAUAGAGAGGUUGUUUCAAGAGGCGGUUUUUAUGUUGGAAAUGGCAUCAAUUGGAAAGGCCAAGUCUUUUCAAAGAUGCGCAACCAUACUGUAACUAAUAGAAUGACUGGUGUCGGAAACACGCUCAAAAGACAUUACGAAACAUACCUGCUAGAGUAUGAGUUAGCACAUGAUGAUGUGGACGGAGAGUGUUGCUUGCUGUGCCACAGUAGUGCACCAGGCGAUUGGGUAAAUUGUGGCUUAUGCGGCGAGUGGGCCCACUUCGGCUGUGAUAGACGGCAGGGCCUCGGUACUUUCAAGGACUACGCCAAGACGGAUGGAUUAGAAUACAUAUGCCCUCACUGCAGCCUGACAAACUAUAAGAAAAAGCCGCAGAAAUUAGUUAACGGCUUCUCUAAUACUCCGACGACCGUAUCACGACACGUUUAAUUCUUUUUUCUCAUUUUCUCAUUCUCUUCCUUUUACCCCUUCUUCCUCCCCCUUUCUUCUAGAUAGAAGGCGGCUUGGGCAGUAGUUGGGUAGCAGAGGGAGAUGGAGGGAGGCAGGGAAGUGCUUCAAUCUGAUUAGGGGCAAAAAUGUGUAUUAGUUUAAUUGUUGUUCAGUAAGGUUUUGUGUAGACCAGAAUCUUAUAUAUCCUGAGACAUCAGAGGAAAGAGAAAUAUAUUCAUUGUAAUUUAGUCAAACCUCUCGGAUCACUGUUCAAUGCCUCACUAUACAAGGGGGUUUGGUGCCCACUGUCUUUACACUCGUAGGAUGGAAUUGUACAUGAUCCUUAUCAUCUCAUAUAAAGUUUUUAUCCAUUAAUCCUUA